UCAGGACUUAUAUCACUACUUCCUCUCUGCUUUCCUGUCAUGGGUGCAGCAGUUUGCUAACUUACUUUCUGUGUUCUGUUUGAGGAAACCAAAAAAACAUCUCUUGGCCACUUAUGACGGCUGGAUCUCUCUAGGGCAUCGCAUUUCGACAACAGAAAUGCUUCAGGCAGUGUGUCUGAGGGGCCUUCUCCUGUUAUUGGUGGGAAGACAAGUCUACACUGAGGAACAAUGUUUAAAAGCUUCAAUAAACACGUGUGGAGAAUGCAUCAGAUCCGGGUCUGGCUGUGCCUGGUGUAAAGAUUUGAAUUUCACCAAGACCGGGGAGCAGGAAGCAGUACGUUGUGACACAGUUGCUUCGCUUCAGAAACGAGGAUGUUCACACAAUUUCAUAAUAAAUCCUAAAAAUGAUUUUUUUAAAAGUUUCAAACAAGCCUCUGACUGCUGGUACAAACCAGUGCAAAUCCAACCACAAGAAAUAAGUCUGAAUCUUAGACCAGGGAUGCCCUACAUUUUUGAUCUACAUUUUAAAAGGGCAGAAGGCUAUCCAGUAGAUCUCUACUACCUAAUGGAUCUCUCAUACUCCAUGAAAGAUGAUUUGGAAAAUGUAAAAAAACUGGGAAAUAAUUUACUUUCUGAGCUCACUAAAAUCACCGGCAAUGCCAGGAUAGGCUUUGGUUCGUUUGUCGACAAAACGCUUCUUCCAUACACCGACACCAAUGAAGCGAAGCUCCAACGGCCGUGCGCAGAUAAAAAUGAACCGUGUCAGCCAGCAUUUGGCUUUCAGCAUGUGCUUUCACUGACAACAGAUGGGAACAAGUUCAAAAAUAUGGUAGCCCAGCAGCAUAUAUCAGGAAACCUAGACCCUCCAGAGGGAAGCCUGGAUGCCAUCAUGCAAGUCGCAGUCUGCGUGAAUGAUAUUGGUUGGGGAAACAGCACUCGGUUGCUGGUGUUGGCCACUGAUGAUGGCUUCCACAUGGCAGGGGAUGGAAAACUUGCUGCCAUUCUGGAACCAAACCAAGAAACCUGUCAGCUGGUCAACAACAAAUACAGCAAGAGCAACAUCUGGGAUUACCCAUCUGUUGGACAAAUUGCUCGCAAGCUGGAGGAGCAAAACAUUCAACCAAUUUUUGCAGUCACCAAAAAAAUGGAAACCGUGUACACAGAGCUGAGCAAACUGAUUCCUAAAUCUGCAGUAGGAGUGCUCUCUGAAGACUCGAGCAACGUUGUCAAUCUAAUUGUGGAUGCAUACAAUAACUUGACCUCUGAAGUGAUCAUGGCUCAUGACGCCCUCCCAGACUUUGUAUCUGUGAAAUACACGUCAAAUUGUGAAGGUGGACAAAAACCCAGUGACAGGGGGAAAUGUGAUAAUGUGAACAUUGGUAAGGAGGUGAUUUUUAGGGUGACAGUAACAGUAGAGAAAUGCAUUGAGAGUCAGAGCUUCCUCAUCGGGCCACUGGGCUUUAAUGAAAAGCUGAAGGUGAACGUUGCGACUCGAUGCGAGUGUGAAUGUGAUGAUAAAAAAGAGCUUCAUCCUCACUGUGGGGGGAACGGUAAAGUUGUCUGUGGUGGCUGCAGGUGUAAUCCGGGAUUCUUAGGACAGCGAUGUGAGUGCAAACUAGGCCAAAAGGACGAGGCGUCAUUGAAAGCGCAGUGCCGGAAGGACAACGGGACCGAAUGCGAAGGCAAAGGAGACUGUCUGUGCGGACGUUGUCAGUGCCAUAAUACGGAUAGCGGUGGCAAUUUCUAUGGCGAAUUCUGUGAAUGCGACGACGAGCACUGUGAAAAAAAUAACAAUCAACAGUGUGCAGGUCAUGGCAAAUGCAAAUGUGGUAAAUGUGACUGUGAUCAAGGCUAUGAGGGCUCAGCGUGUCAAUGCGCAAAAUCCGAUGAGGCUUGCAAGAUCGAAAAUACUGUUUGUUAUAACCGUGGGAAAUGCGUGUGUAACCACUGUAAUUGUGAGAGAGGAUACAAGGGGCCCUACUGCAAAACGUGUCCUAAUUGCCAACGUCCGUGUGAUAAUUCCGGGAGUUGUGUUGAAUGUUUGGCCUUUGGGACCGGUCCGUUUGAGAAGAACUGCACUGAAACCUGUAAACAUCUGACGGUUAAGGUGGAACAAAACUUGAUCAAGAAAGAUUGUCGAGUCAAAGAUAAAGAGGGCUGCUGGAUGACAUUUACAAUGACGGAACAGCCUGGAUUUGACACAUACUCUGUCACUGUCCUCAAAGACAGAGAAUGUCCUGAGGGGCCAAACAUAGCAGCCAUCGUAGGAGGAUCUCUAGCAGCUGUGGCGUUGAUUGGUCUCCUGAUCCUCCUCAUUGUCAAGGGAGUUCUGUAUGCAAGCGACCUUAGAGAAUGGAGGAGAUUUGAAAAAGACAGAAAACAUGAAAAAUCAUGUGGUACCAACCCAUUAUUCCAGAAUGCUACAACCACAGUUCAAAACCCAACAUUUUCUGGAGAUUAGUGAAAAAACUUGUUGGUGCUGAAUGCAUGAAGGACAGAGUGGAUGUGUAUGAAUGAAACUAUGGCUCUGAUGCAUGAUCACUCAAUAAAAUAAAACAGCUUUAAAUUUUCUUAAUCUGCAGUGAGAUCUUUAGCAGCUUUAGAGAGGCAUGAAUAUUUGCAAAUUCUUUAUACACAGUUUUUCAUUUGAUGUGAAAUGUCAUUAAAUGUAUUUAACAGUUUAUGUAAUGUAUAAAGACUAGUUUUAUUUUUGUAUGCACAAAAAUAUACACAGAGAAAUCUAAUUUUAUACUUGUUGAUCUUUGAUGACAAUUAAAUCUAGCCAAACGUUGGCUAGUAGCACUGUUUCUGAGUUGCAUGUGUGGAGUCACUCUUGCAAAGGAUUUGGCAAUUCAACUACCAUAAACAUUUCUGUCUCUAAAAUUGUGCAUUUGUAACAACACACUAAUGUUGUAUAUUUCAAUGCAAAUGCUGUCGAGAUGCAAUCACUAUAUAACACCCUUGUACUGCAUUUCACAGAUUCCUCAUCAUGAAACAUGAGUACUGAACAUGUGCAUUGGCUUUCCCACAUUAUAAAGAUAAUAGAUUUGAACCUGAACAUUUGCUUAGCUUUGCAUUGUAUCCAACCUAUUGGUCUUUCAAUGUUCAUAACAUCCAGCAUAGGUUAUACAACGUUUGUAUAUUAAUGCUCUGUCAAUGUGUUUCAAAUAAAGUUGGAAUUACAGCUGUAA